CCCAGGGCCACGUUGCUUUCCCGGCGCUGGUGACACGCAUCUCAGCCAUGGCUUCCGCGGAGUCGCGGCGGAUGGGGAAUGGAGGCAGUGUCGGGGGCGCCUUCCAACCCUACUUAGACUCCUUGCGGCAGGAGCUACAGCAGAGGGACCCGACGCUGCUGUCAAUCGUGGUGGCGCUUCUCGCAGUGCUGCUGACGCUGGUGUUCUGGAAGUUCAUCCGGAGCAGAAGGAGCAGUCAAAGAGCUGUUCUUCUUGUUGGCCUGUGUGACUCUGGGAAAACAUUGCUCUUUGUCAGAUUGUUAACUGGCCUUUAUAGAGACACUCAGACAUCGAUCACUGACAGCUCUGCUCUGUACAGAGUCAACAAUACCAGGGGUGCUAGCCUGACCUUGAUUGAUCUCCCUGGCCAUGAGAGCUUGAGACUUCAAUUCUUAGAGCGUUUUAAGGCUUCAGCCAGGGCUGUUGUGUUCGUUGUGGAUAGUGCAGCCUUCCAACGAGAGGUGAAAGAUGUGGCAGAGUUUCUGUAUCAAGUUCUCAUUGACAGUAUGAGUUUGAAGAACACACCGUCAUUCUUAAUCGCCUGCAAUAAGCAAGACAUUACAAUGGCAAAAUCUGCAAAAUUAAUUCAGCAGCAGCUUGAGAAAGAACUCAACACUUUACGAGUCACCCGUUCUGCUGCCCCCAGCACACUGGACAGUUCCAGCACUGCCCCUGUUCAGCUGGGAAAGAAAGGCAAAGAAUUUGAGUUCUCACAGUUGCCCCUCAAAGUGGAGUUCCUGGAGUGCAGUGCCAAGGGCGGAAGAGGGGACGCUGGCUCUGCUGACAUCCGGGACCUGGAGAAAUGGCUGGCUAAAAUCGCCUGAGGGGCAGAGCUAAAGUGCAGGACAUUUGAACUUGUAUGUGUGUGGAAAAGGGUGUGGUAGCCUUGAGUUGAUAAAGAAUGGGUACAGAAUGUAAUAAGAAACAUUUUCUUGUUCUAGAAACAAAUUAUUGUCGAAAGUAACUUGGAAUUUUUGUUUUUAAGUUUAGUUCUCCCUCGUUGCUUUCUUUUAUUUGUGUGCUUCCCUUUGUUAAGGUGUUGUCCCUUUAAUAUAAGCUUGACGUAAGGUUAGGAGGGUAUUAUGAGAAUAUGAUUAUCAUCUGAAAAUUUCUUAUCCUCUGCCUCUGUGCUUUAGUCCCUUUUCCUGAAAACAAACCCUGUCUGUGUAUGGAACUAGUUGAUUUCCAUUUGUCCUUGGCUGGUUCACGGGCAAUACAUCAUCUGGUCCUUUGUGAA